CCCGGUUCAGAAUAAGAUCACUCCUUUCCCUUACAGACCCCCAGUCCACACUCAGUCCUUUUAACUAUGGAGUUGAGUCAGCUGGUUGAAGCUUAGUGCCUCUCUUCCUUUAUUGGGAACAGGAAAGGUGCUGUGAGAGGAAUCUGGGUGGGAUCGUUCAGGAGAAGGUGACAGCAGAUGGUGGGAAGGCUGAGUGAGACUCAGAGCAGGCAGCUGCCCAGUGCCCAGAGAGAAACAAACCAGGGAGACCGGGUGGGGCAGUGUCUCUGGGACAGGGAGGGCAAGGCCACCACAGCCGGACACAGACGCUUAGCUGGCUCUCUGUGUCAGCAGAAGCAUUAGCCAGGGUGCUGGGCAACUGGCACUUGAGCCCGUUAGGAUUCAUGGGAGGUUAUUUCUUAAGUGAAAUUCUGAAGAGUUCAAGGAUGAAUUUGGACAGCGAUGGAAUGGAUGACAUCAGCAGCCAAGAAUCCCCAUUGGGUAUGGAGGGGAAUUAUAAAAAGGCACAGAAAAAUGAGAGAGAGUCUAUCAGACAGAAGUUGGCACUUGGAAGCUUCUUUGAUGAUGGUCCAGGAAUUUACACCAGCUGUAGCAAAAGUGGGAAGCCCAGUCUCUCCUCCCGACUGCAGAGUGGGAUGAACCUGCAGAUCUGCUUUGUCAAUGACAGUGGCAGUGAUAAGGACAGUGAUGCCGAUGACAGUAAGACCGAAACCAGCUUGGACACCCCCUUGUCUCCCAUGAGCAAACAGAGUUCUUCCUAUUCCGAUCGCGACACUACUGAAGAGGAGUCUGAAUCUUUGGAUGACAUGGACUUCCUUACAAGGCAAAAGAAAUUGCAAGCUGAAGCCAAAAUGGCCCUUGCCAUGGCCAAACCAAUGGCCAAAAUGCAAGUCGAGGUGGAAAAGCAGAACAGGAAAAAGUCUCCCGUCGCUGAUCUCCUGCCACACUUACCUCAUAUAAGUGAAUGCUUGAUGAAAAGAAGUUUGAAGCCUGCCGACCUGAGAGACAUGACCAUUGGGCAGCUACAAGUGAUAGUCAAUGACCUCCAUUCCCAGAUCGAAAGCUUGAAUGAAGAGUUGGUCCAGCUGCUUCUCAUCCGGGAUGAGCUGCACACGGAGCAAGAUGCUAUGCUGGUGGACAUCGAAGACUUGACCAGACAUGCUGAGAGUCAGCAGAAGCACAUGGCAGAGAAAAUGCCUGCAAAGUGAAGAGAAGCCAUCCAAGCAGAGGACAUGCUAAAAUUUAUUUUGCUUCUGUGGUUGUAAACGCUGUUGCUAGCAGUGGCCUGGAAACACACAAUGUCAGUGUUAGUCAUUGAGAGUGUCUGAAGCUUCGUGUCCAGUGAUUGGCCUUUGCUUCUUAAUUUAUUUCCAUUUUUUUUACUUGUGACACUUAAUAUCAGGCAUUUUAAUAAAAUAUUGUUACAAAAAAUGUACAGUACUGACACCAUCACAAGUCAUGGUUAAUCAAAGAGGGUAGUUUUAACUUUGUUUUUAUUUCUUUAGAGGUUUUAAGUUGGAGCAGUAUUUUCCCAUUGACUACUUUCAUUCUUCACUGUAGUUUUAAAGAACUGUAAAUGACGGUGCUAUCCAAGUCAAAAAAUACAUGCCUGCCUCGUAGUGACGUUGUAGCUCUCCGUAAUAUGGAUAUUUUAAUCAGUUUUCAACAUUUUGUGAAUGUUGACUACCUGAGGUUCAUUUUUAGAUGUGCUAUUAACAUUCUGUUGGAGUCAGAGGGUUCCUUGAAAGUUUUAUGUAUAAAUAUGUAAAAUAAAAAUUAAAACUUUGUUUCAUAUGAUA